CGAGGGUGGCGACCAUGGGCAGAAGGCGAGAGGCGUGAAGGGACGGUCUAAGGGGGGCAGUGGCACACCGCUCCAGCCGCCCGUUAUUAACCUGCCUUCAAGCGACAGCACCCCAACCCCCGUUCCUCCUCCCCUCCCAUCGUCCCAACCCCUCUCCCGCCCAGACGCGAAGAGAAGCACGGACGUCUCCAAGCCUGUUAUGGGCAUAGAUCUGGGCACAUCCUUCUGCUGCGUCGCGAUUUAUCGUGACUUUGAUACCAUCGAGGUAGUCCCGAACGAUUUGGGCUUUCGAAUCACGCCCUCUGCUGUUGCGUUCGUCGGGGAGGAGUGUCUGGUGGGCGAGUCAGCGAAGAGACACGGCAGAGGUCAUCCCAAGCAGUGCAUCUUUGAAGUCAAGCGGCUCAUGGGUCGGUCAUUUCUAGACGAGCACGUGCAGCAGGACGCCAAAGUGUGGCCUUUUCGUGUGGUCCCGGGCCCACGGAACGAGGCACUUGUGGAGGUCCAAGUGUCGGAGGGCAAACCUGAUGUCCCAGAGUCCCGAGUCCCAACGAGAACCUUUCGACCAGAGGAGAUCUCAGCCAUCCUUCUGAAGGAAAUGAGGAGGAUAGCAGAGACCUACGCUGGGGGGGAGACCAUCACCGAUGCAGUGAUCACCGUGCCAGCGUACUUCAACGAUGCUCAAAGACAGGCCACGAGGGAUGCAGGCACCAGAGCGGGACUUAACGUCCUGAGGCUGAUGAAUGAGCCCACAGCUGCCGCUUUGGCUUAUGGCCGCUUGAGGGAGAUGGGAAGGGGCGGGGGGUGUGUAGGGAAGAAGAUCAUGGUGUUCGAUCUUGGCGGGGGCACCUUCGACGUGUCGAUCAUCACGAUCACAGCGGGAGCGGACGAAGAGUCCAGCUUUCUCGUCAAUGCUGUGGCUGGGGAUGGGCAUUUAGGGGGGGCGGACUUCGACGGGCGAUUGCUGGCCCAUGUGCUGGAACAGCUCAGGAAGCAAUACGGGACCGACUUCUCGGUGUCGAGCAAUCCUAACGUGAUGACGAGGCUGAAGGCAGCAGUGGUGGAGGCAAAACACGCGUUGUCUGGACGUACCGAGACGGAAAUCGAGCUAGAUUACGGCGAAACGACCCUCAGCGUGAGAGUGGGCCGAGCGGCUUUCGAAGAUAUGAACGGCGAUCACUUCGACAACUGCAAGAGGAUCAUGGACGAAGCAGUCAGCGCAGCUGGGGUGAAGAGAGCAGACAUUGCGGAGGUGAUUCUUGUGGGAGGAUCUACCCGAAUUCCAAGGGUGCAGGAGCUGGUGACGCAGUAUUUCGGUAGAAAACCCCUCCAGAACGUUCAUCCCGACGAGGCAGUGGCGUAUGGGGCCGCUCUUCAAGCGGGAUUGAUGGCUAGCGGGUGCUUUAAGUGUGACGAAGCCACCCCAGAUCACGCUGGCGGGGGGAAGGGGACUAUUUCUGUGCGAGAUGUGACCCCUUUAAGCAUCGGAACGGACUUUGAGCUGCAGGAAAUGGGGGUGCUUAUCCCCCGCAACACCCCCCUUCCAGCAAAGGGGUCAAUGGACUUCGCUUGCGUGUACGACUACCAGAGCACGAUGAGCUUUGCGCUGUUUGAGGGAGAGAGAGCUCUGUGCGGAGAUAACCGGUUCCUUGGCCUUUUCACACUGCAGGGUUUCACUGGUCUUCCCGCCAACGGCAAGCCUGUAACUAGACUGCUUGUCCGGAUAGAUGAGGACGGGAUCCUCCAUGCCACCGCGGAGGCGACAGCCAAUCACAUCCAGCUUGGCAGGCAGGCGGGAGUGCAAGUCCGCACGGGCAUCGGCGUGCUCAACAAGGAGGGGGCGCAUGCGAUUACCUCCAUAGCUCAGGCUAUGGCUACCAUCACACCGGACAUGAAACUGCGCGACGACGCUCUCAGGGCGGCAUUCAAGGCUAGGAGAGAGCUCCAGCGACUCGCGUGGAGACUCAGAGACGAGAAGCAGCUCUCACGAAAGAGUGGGAGAAAGAAGGCGGCUAUGGCGUCCCGCCUAGCCAACCAGGUAUUGAACUGGAUGCUUUCCGAGUCCAACGUGGCCCCUCGGGACGAAUACGACAAACGGAUCAGCGAGCUUAAGGCCUUGGAUCGACGCUGAUUAGUUCAUUAGUAAUUAGUCAACAAGGGAUCCCGAUGGCCGAUGGCGAUCCCGAUG